GAGACACUCCAUUGCAUUUUUGUGUAAAACAAGGCAUGGUUGAAUGUGUGUCAGAAUUACUUGAUCAUGGAUCUGAUGUUAAUCACUGUAAUUAUGCAAGAUUUUCACCACUUCAUUUUGCAGUGUCAUAUAAUCGUGAUACUAAACAUGUUGCCAAAGAGAUACUUCGCCUUCUAGUUUUAAAGGGUCAUGAUGUAGAUAUAAAUCAACCAGAUCCUUCAGGUUUGUCACCUCUGCAUUAUGUCUGUUUCUGUGAUGGUGGACGUCAGCAAAGGCGGCCAGAACUGGCUGUCUUUUUGAUUGCAUAUGGAGCUGAAGUAACUAUCACUAAUCAGAGGGGAUACAGUUUGAUAAGAGUUGAAUUUCAAACAUUUGAAGAUUGCACUAUCCUGAAAGCAAUUAAUAGAAGUAUGCUUCAUUUACCCAGUUUGUCUUCUUUAAAUAUUUCACCUCCUCCAGAACCUGAAUCUCCACCCUGUCCUCAGACUGUUGCUCGAAUUUCCAAUGUUCAAUAUGAAAAUUCUUGGCGGGCCCCUCCCAAUCGAGCACAGAUUCCAUCAUCGGUUCUGGUGUCUUCUCUACCAGAUUUUCAUCACCACCAAAGGAGGAAUCAUGAAUGGGAAAAAUAUCUAUGGUAUACAUCUAUUGUAUCGUCACCACGCUCCCUCCAGCAUUAUUGUCGAUAUGCUAUCCGAAGUACCUUAGGUCCAAAGCGUCUCAGAUUUGCAAAAAAUCUUCCAAUUCCAAAAUCACUUCAGCAGUACAUACUAUUAGAAUUUGAUUAGAUAAUAAAAUUUUUGUGCAUUUAAAUCUGCUCAUGCAUAAGUAUGUGGAAUACUUGCCAAAGGUUCUAGCCAAUAGGAGAGCAUGAAAAUAGUUUUUAAUUAUUCUUAAAAUGAGUUUUUUCUGAAAGAGCAGAAUGUUUGAAAAUUUUUAUUCCUAAAGCACUCUUAUUUAAAUGUAAUCUCCAUCUUUGGAGUUAAAAAUGCCAUAUCAGAUUUAUGUACCGUGUACAUCUUGUUAAUAUAUGAAAUGUUAUGCUGCCUAUAUAAAAUUCUUAUCAUUCAACAGAAAGUAUUAUAUAUUCAAGAAUACAAAUUUUUAACUGUUUUAUUCAAUUUGU